AUGCGUCGAAAGAACGAGCGUAACAAGGCAAAGAUGGCGGCGGGCUCGGAUUUGCUGGAUGAUGUUUUCCUCAACAGAGAGGUAGACGAAAAAGUAGUUAGUGAACCAGUCAGAUCUCCGGAGUCCAAUGUAAAGGUAACAAGUGACGUUAACUCAACGGCUAAGAUUCAGUUUGCUUUAAAUCACGCCGGCAGUUCAUCUGCAGGCGCUAAUUUUAAUGUUCAGGGCAGCGAAAUGGGACUUUCACAACAAGAACUUGCUAAAGCAGGGACGGGAGUUCAAGGAGGUGUCAGUAAGAGUUCGGGGUCCCCCGGUUCGAGCAUGGAUGAGACAGCUGGCAUCACCCAGGCGGCUAAACAGAGCACCACAGCCUCUCCGAGUCAGUCCAAGCCGGCCACGGCGAGCUCAGUUGUUGCAGUUGUACCAGAUGCAACACCUGGAGUUGAGAAACACGAACCGAGCGAGAGUGAAAGUUUGAAUGGAAGCGCCGCGGCGAUGAACUGUCACAACCCCGGAGGAGGACCAGCUGACGCCUCUCAGACAGCUGCCACACCUGUCAACGGACCCGUCUCUUUUAGUAAAGACGUCGCCGGAACACCUAGCACGAUUAUUCGAACUACUUUGAGUGCUCACAAUGCUGCCUCUCAGCUUUCUGUGAAAACUGUCCCCACCGUCACCCUGGUGAGGCCACCUAUGCAAACUUCCACCAACACCUCUCCAAGUGCAAGCAAUCCAACCACUGUUUUAACGUCCUCGCCACACGUCAGCAUUGCCAACACGGCCGGCUCCCCCGUCAACAAAAGCGACCCCUCUAAAACUGUAAUGAUCACCGGGGCACACGUCAUGGCUUCCACCGUUGCAACGGGGACCACCGUGAGGAGCCCAACUGUUUUACAGAACGUGAGAACUUCCGUUCCUUCAACAUUUGCUGCCACUCCAGCUGGUGGAGUAAGAGCCAUCGCUCCGCAGGUGUUGGCUCCUCGGCUCACUCAGCCUCAGCAAAAUGUCCAGAAUAUUCAGCUUCCUCCAGGCAUGGUCUUGGUCCGCAGUGACAGCGGCCAGCUGCUGAUGAUUCACCAACAGACCUUGGCUCAGAUGCAAGCUCAGUCGCAGUCGCAAAGCGCCAUGACACCACGACCGGCGACCCCCGCCAGCACUCCACCUGUUCAGAUCACCUCCCUACAGACUCCAGGUGCAUCGGUGCUGACCCGUGCUGUUAACCCCACCACCAUUAUUAAACAAGUCCCUGCAGCCCAAAGCACGGUGACCACCACCACCACCCUGCAGAGGCCUCCUGUACUGCAGAACACCAUCAUGCUGGGAGGAACUGCCACCGCCACAGGGCAGCCCUUCGGAACGCCCACCACAGUUCAACCUGCAGCGGUCACCCAGAGGGCGGGGCCCCUCGGGGCAGCGGGGACAGCUGUCACUCCAACACCGGUCACAGCUGAAACGUUGGAGAACGUGAAAAAGUGUCGAAACUUUCUGUCGACGCUCAUCAAACUGGCAUCCAAUGGGAAGCAGUCGUCGGAGACCACGGCGAAUGUUAAGGAGCUGGUCAAGAGCCUGCUGGGGGGAAAGAUUGAGCCUGAGGAUUUCACCAGUAGGUUGUACCAGGAGCUAAACUCUUCACCCCAGCCGUACCUUGUACCUUUCCUUAAGAGAAGUCUCCCCGCGCUGCGCCAGAUGACCCCGGACUCGGAGGCCUUCAUCCAGCAGAGCCUGCUGCCUCAGCAGAACAGCCAGCCCGCCGCCACAGCCUCCACAGCCCUCACUGCUGUGGUGCUGCGGCCUCCUCUCUCCACCAGCGUGGCCACAUCCACAGGCACCGGCGCCACCAAAGCCACGGUCAUCAGCCUCACUCAAACGCCUCACAGUAAACCCGGACUGCAACAGAUGAGGCCGCAGGUGACGCUGGCUCAGUCUCCCACGGUAACCAUCAGAGGACAAACUCCGAGUCGGAUCAUCGUGGGUCAGCCACAGGUGGUCAAGCAGCUGUCAGCAGUAUCAACUGUGAAGCAGACGUUUGCUCCAGGGGUGCGAGGAGUCCAAGUUCUCUCUCAGGCUUCUCUGACUGAUGCUCAGAAGAACAAGAUGAAAGAAGCCGGAGGGGGAACUUUCAACAGGGAUGACGAUGACAUCAAUGACGUGGCCUCCAUGGCAGGGGUCAACUUGUCUGAGGAGAGUGCCCGUAUCUUGGCAACAAACUCUGAUCUCGUCGGCAUGGUAAAUCGCUCCUGUAAGGACGAGGCCUUCCUCUCCACUUCGCCCCUCACUCGGAUAGCUCUGGAGAUAGGGAAGAAGUUUGGCGUGAGCGAGCUGGGCGCAGAUGUCAUCGGCUACAUUUCUAACGCUACGCAGCAGAGACUGAUGACCAUCUUGGAAAAAGUGUCGCAAGUCGCACAACAGAAGAACGCAACUUUUAAGGAGGAUGACCGGUACCAGCAGGUCAGCGACGUGCGAGCUCAGCUCAAAUUCUUUGAGCAGCUGGAUCACCUGGAGAAGCAAAAGAAGGAGGACGCGGAGCGAGAGAUCCUGCUGAAAGCAGCCAAGUCUCGGUCACGACAAGAAGACCCUGAGCAACUGCGACUCAAGCAGAAGGCCAAGGAGAUGCAGCAGCUGGAGCUGGCUCAGAUCAGGCAGAGAGAAGCCAACCUAACAGCGCUCGCAGCCAUCGGCCCGAGGAAAAAACGGAAAGUGGACUCUCCUGUAAGGGGCGCAAGCGCAGAGGGCUCGGGGUCUGGGCCCUCCCAGCCCGGCAGCUCCAGCGGAACAGGCUCCAGACAGUUCAUGCGACAGCGCAUCACCAGAGUCAACCUGCGGGACCUGCUCUUCUGUCUGGAAAAUGAAAAAGAGAGCAGUCGCUCACAGCUGCUCUAUAAAGGCUUCCUCAAAUAAAGCAGAAACUAAAAGGAGCGGUUUGAAGGAAGCGCCUGACUGUCAUCUUUGACCUUUUACUGACAUUACCUUUCUGAUCUCCUGAAUUAUUACAAGGCCUUCCAUUUGUUAGGGACAAUCCUCUUAAACACAAAGGAGACGCAUUCUCUAAAAAGCUUCAUCAAGCACGGCCUCUUUCAUAUUCUGCUCCGACGGCUGAUGUCAGUCCUGUCCUUGUGCCUCCCCCCCAGGUUGACUCUUUUGCACCCAGCUACACUCGACUCAUGUUCUGCCUCAUGCUGCGGACUCCAACCUCAGAGCAGCAAACACUUUGCUAGGAGAGAUUUUGAAUUGAUCCCACAUUUUUACGGUAUUUUACUAACGCCUGUGGACUGUUUUACAGAAACUAAUCUUGUCAUCUGUCGGGUGACGACUUCUGUUUGCAACAACUUAAGCCAUACGCGUUUGAAUGUUUCUCGAUUCAAUUAUCCAACAGUUCUCUCUGGAGUUGUUGGAUUAAUGUUUGUUUUGUGUGGGUUCUAUGAUUUAAUUGUAUUGUCUUGAUUAGAGCCACAAACGUAUGGAGGUUACUAAAAUGCAGGAUAGAGUUCAGACAGGUGGAGUUUGAUUCAGACUGUAACGCCUUUAUUACAGACUUCAGUUACUUAACAAUCAUGCCAGUAAUGUAUUUUUUAUUUUUAUUUUUUAACGUUACGUGUGUAGAUAUAUAUUUUUUGUCAUCUCAGCCAUCAGAGUUUAUCAUGACAAUUGCCAGUGGAACUCCCUCUGAAUCCAUCUGAGCAUCGUUUUCAAAGUAACUGUUACCACUUUUAACAUUUGGAUAUGGCACGAGUAAGAUUGCAGCCUUUCUUUAGUGUUAGAUUAAGAGACGGGAUGAGUAAUGGCAAACAAUUUGUACUUUACGAAACCUAAAAUGUGGAUCUGAAGCAUUUUCCCUGCCUUGUGUCAGUCAGUGUCACCACAGGGGAAAGAUAUAAUAAGGAGGUUAUGCAACAGCAGUGGGAGCUAUUAUGUUAAAGUCUUUUUUUCUUCUGGAUGAAAAGGCAUGGAACAUUAAUCUAAACUGAUGAGACAACUCAAACUGAAUGUAUGGUUGUGCUGCAGUGCAACAAUUGGAAAAAGAAAAUUGUAGAAAUGAAUCCCAAAAGUUUAGUCAUUCACGUUUGAAGGUUUUUAUUUUCAUAUGAAAGACUAAUGGAGACCACAUGGGUUUAUGAUAUGUGAGAACUGCACUUGAGUUGUUUAGAAGUAGCUUUUUAUUUGUUUAGUUGUUUUGUUCUUUAACAGUCAAUGAGGUGAAUGUAUCCACUUUUUAAGUUUUUAUAUUCCAAGUAUGGAAAGACUUUGGCCUUUUUCAUUUUUAUGAAAGAAAGUUUAUCUGUAAAUACCAAUGUUUGCUAUUAUAGAUUUAUUAUCACGUGACACCUUUGAAUUUAAGAAAAUGUCUUAUUUUUCAAAUAUAUAGCUGACAAAUGAGACAGUACUUUGCUUUCCUGCCAAUAUCUUGUACAUUUUGCACAGCCAUGUUUAUAUGUAAAUAUCUAAAUUUAAAAGCAAAAGUUUUUAAUGACUAUUUUAUAAACGAUUGACAGAAGAUGAUCUAUAUUAAAAACAAACCC